CUCUUAUUCCAGCACGAUAGGUGGCGGUAAUGUUGUUAUGCUGUCAAUCUUAUUGUAAAAUCAGUCCAGUCAAAACUCUGUUCUGAGUUUGGUUCCGUUUCCCUCUGUUCCGUUGUCACCAUUUUCACAAAAAAAAAUCGUCAGUGAGUUGAUGAUAGCUAUCUACCGUGCUAGUUACCUUUACUGUUAGAUUUCUGCUUAUCGAACAUAUUUGGUAACAUUCCGGCAUGGACAAACGAGUCAAGAAGAGUACAGCCAGUACUGGUCCCCCACUUCCUCUCUCCUCUUUGCGAUUAUUGGUUUCUCCUCUGCGGCUGAUGUAUUCAUUUGUAUGGCAUGUGGUGAAUCAACGAAAUGUGAUGCACUAUGGGAAGGUCGAGGAAUUUGUAACUGUGGUGACUGAAGCUGUUCCGAAGUUGCUGAGUUACAAACAGAGGGCUCAACUCAUCCUGGGCCUGAGAGCAAGGAUGAUCUUGGAGUUGUUCCGCAAGGACCCACCCAACCUUCAGGACAUCCAACGUCUCCUGGAAAAGAUGAACAUCUUGGGGCAGCAAGAUGCAGAAGUGGAGGAGUCGCAGGCUAACUUUGUGGCGCUGGUCCAAACCCUGCUGAAAAAUCCUUAUGAGAGGAAGCACUUCUUCCAGGAGGAGUUCCAUACACAGUAUGGCUCCAAGUAUGACACAGCACUGCAGGCCCUUGUGGGAGGCUUGGUCCUCAGACUGGAACGGCUGCUAUCUGUGCCAGAUCUCUCCCAGAUAGCGUCCAUUAUCAGUGCUGCCCCCUCUGACCUGGAGGAGUGUGGACAGUCUGUGUCUGACCCUGAGCACCUGAAGAUCCUCCUCCAGCACCAGAACCUGCUAAAUAAGAUUCAGUUUGUACCGGUCACGUCUUCUGUGGGUGACUGUGUGCUGUCCUCGCUGUCCUUCCGCCUCGCUUGUGGAAGGCCAUCAAUGGAGCCAGAUCUUGACAAGCCAUCAGAAUCAUUAGAAGCCGCUCUAAGCCUCAUGAACCCUGCCUCCUUCAGUGACUUGGAGGAUCUGGGAAUGAUGUCAGAUGACUCUGACCAUGCUGGAGAAGAUAGUACUGUGGAGAGAGAAGAGGAUGCAGUGCGUGCCGGUGAAGAAGAGAAUGCACUUCCAGAGAGCGCCGUGGUCUGCUCUUGUCCUCAAGGUGUUAGCGGACUGGUGGGAGGGGCACCAUCAAAAGGGGCACCAACAGUAAGGAGUAUGCUGCAAACGAUGAGACAGCAACAGCUUGUAUCACUGAUGAAUACUUCCAUCACUGAAGCCUCUCAUUCACAGAUAGUCAUCCCUGCCACGGAUAACCAGCCGGUCGAGCUGACGAGUGUCGACCAGUGGGUCCCCCAUAUUGCCAGUUACACUUUAUCGCUCCAGUCCUUGCCACCCCUUCCACAAAACGAUCAUUUGGACAAGGAGAUGGAGUCGGCCGACACAGGUCUCGGGAGCAGUGUGGUGAUCGGGGGUCAGGAAACAGAGGUUGAUCUCUUUGAGAGUUCCAUUAUCCAAAGCAAGAGGGUGCAAAAGCCACUACGAGUAGCGUGCUCUAGAAAGAGAAACCCUGCAACCAACUCCUGCCAAGAGUGUGGGAAGCGUUUUCUGUCUCGGGGACGGCUGGAGGAUCACCUCCGCAUACACACCGGAGAGAAACCUUUCAAAUGCACCGAUUGUAGCAGGUUCUUCAGGACGUUGGCACUCCUGACCAACCAUAUGAAAAUUCACUCUGACGUGCGGCCCUUUAGCUGCGACGAGUGUGGCAAAUGCUUUCGGAGAAAGGUUGGCCUUCAGAAUCACCAUCGUGUCCACACGGAUGCGAGACCAUACAAAUGCACCAUCUGUGGAAAGGGUUUCACCCAAGUACAGUACUGCAAAAGACACAUGGAUUGUCAUACAAGUGAGAAUACCUAUUUCUGCACUCAUUGUCCGAAGAGUUUUCCAACCCAAUUCCAGCUGUCCGCCCACCAGCGCUGGCACACCACGGACCGCCCGUACGCCUGUGAGCAGUGUGGGUUGCGCUUCUUUAUGCCAAGCUUGUUAAAGAGACACAUGGGCUACCACAUCGGGAACCGCCAGUUCCUGUGUGCCCAGUGCGGAAGGACCUUUGUCUAUGAGUUUGACCUAAAGAGACACCAAAAAGACCAUGACCCCAGUCCCAAACUCCCCUGCCCUGUCUGCCAGAAGAUGUUUGGCAACAACAGCCUACUCCAGGCCCACGUACGCAGGCACUCUUCAGAGAAACCUUACAGAUGUGACAUAUGCGACAAGACCUUUAAAGACAGCGGGGGCCUCCGCAUACACAAGCGUGGGCUGCACUCGAACGAACGCCCUUACAGCUGCGACGAGUGUGGGAAGACCUACAAACUACACACGCACCUGAGGGAGCACAAGUUUAAACACACGGGGGAGGGCCACUCAUGUGGCCAGUGUGGAAAAGCCUUCAGGUACCUGCGUCUCCUGAAGGUGCACGAGCGGUCGCACUCCGAGCCAUCUGAGCUCACACGGCGAAACAGUCACACCAGCCGUCGCAGGAGACAUUCUUCCAAAAGGAGUUGAUUUUCUCACAUCUGCACACCCUUUACGUAGGGCAGCCCAGGGUUCCUCUGUGUUGUCUUAGGAAUGCUGCAUUAUCCCACCAUUUCACCAUUCUGUCACAUCGCUGUGGUGCAGAGGUGCAACAUGAUGGGGGAUGGUGAGAUAUUUGACUUGAAUGGAGAAGAGGGUCUCUGCUGUUCAGGACUGCUGCUCACGGAGUUUAGCUUCCUCUGUCCCUCUGAUCAGACAUACUGGGACUAUAUAUGCCCUUAGAUUUCAAAUCAUGGAAUGACAUACAUGGUCUAUUUUGGGAGGUAGCAGCAUUGCUGUCCUAACAGCCAUGCAUACAAAACCGGUUGUGCGUCUGAAGGCUCCCAGAAAACCUGUGGACCUGCAAUUCAUAUUGUGAAUCUGUGGAAGUGUGUUCAGUGAGGUGUGUUAGGUAAACCAGUGAAACAACCACUGUCAGGUGCAGUAUGCUCUCAAGAGAACGCGGUUUUUACCUGUUAACUUGGAUCAGGAUUGGGGAUCAAUUACAUUUGAAUUCGGGAUCUUUCUAAAAUAAAAUAAUUUAAGUUACCACCUGAAUUGACGGAAUUGAUAUGUCAUUGAAUCCAACCCUGGUUUGGAUACAGUCUCAUGGCUUCUCUCGCAGUAUAAUCACCAGUGUUUGAUAGUCACAUGUACAGGGUUGCAGAUGUAAUUGCUGGGUACAGUGACAAUCUUAGGGUUCGAACUCCAACAGAGUGUAGUUCUUCAAUUUGUGCUUCUUGCUCUAUCGCAAUGUUCUUGUUUAAUUCAAAAGCUUAUAGGCUACAUUAAUUUGUGGUGUUUCUUUUGGACAUGAAACCGUCAAAUAUGAAUCAUGAGAUUUAUCUGGUGGAUGUCAGUUUGCCUCAUCAGUCUUUUGACAUCAACAAUAUUUUGUGGUAAGCAAUACACUAAGUUAAUAUUGUUUUAAUAGUUAUAGCUAACAAGAUUGCAACAGAUGUCUGUAAUUUUUCUGGGUGAAAUAAUGGUUCACUCCAAAAUAUGAACUACUGACAUAUCUAUUUUUGAAUGUAUUUCACACAUUUCUCUGGCAAACAAUAGUCCACAAAACUACACUUGCAGUCAACAAAACUAAGAAAACCUGUGCGCACACAUGCAUUAUUCUGGAAACUGUAAGCAUCUACCCGUGAGGGAAAUCUAAUAGGCUAGGUCAUACAUUGUUUAUUUGUGCAUGGCGAAAAAGAGGUACGGUACCCUACUGUACUGCAAUGCAGGUCCGACAGAAUUCCAGCCGUCUUUGAAAAUAUUUUUGUUUGUUAAACAGGAAUACGUUAUUUUUCAGAAUUGGAACAGAUUACAUUUUGAUCUUGUUGAAUGUUGUUCUCCAACUCCCAAUCCCACAUCUUUUUUGUUUAAUCUCAUGUCAUUCCUCAUGCCUUGUGGUCCUAAGAGGAAGAGCAGUGAGUCUGAUAGUCAUUUAUUUUGAAAAGUGUGAAUUCCUAAUAAAUAACACUAUUAUA